CGCCGCCGCGUUGCUGGCCCUCUCAGUCGCGACGCGCUCGUCACAGGGUGUAGGUCGUACGCCGUUCGUCGCUCCGACACCCUUCGUCGCGCGCAGCACGCGCCUCUCACGAGGACACUCGCGCGUCGUACAUCGCUACAUUUAAUCGCGAUCCGCAUAUCCGUAUCCGUAACGCGCGUACCUUAUCGCGGAAAUCUAAACGUCGUCGUUGUCAUUAUCGUUAUCGUUAUCGCUGUCGUCGCGUUUCGAGGUGGUUGGUGGUGGGUGAUUGAUGGUGAAAAAGUUGGAUUCCUCCCCUUUCUCUCUCUCUUUCUAGGACAAUACACGUCUCAACGCGAUAGACUUUUCGACGAGACUGACAUAAGUGCUGCUAGGUAGAAACUCGACAGGACACAAGAGGGAGAGGGACACAGAGAGAGGGAGGGUGAAGGAUAAAGUGUGCCGCGUGGUGCAUUCAAGCGGGGACGCAACCCCUCUGUCUCGGGACUGUCUCGAUCCCUCGGGAGAUUUUGCCCGUCGCAUAUGAUGUUUCAUUGUGGUGGACAAGGUGAACUUUAACUCUUUCGGAAGCGGCCGGGAGUGGAGUGAAGAAUAUCCGAGUACCGAUAUACGGUAGCCGCGAUUCGGAGCUAGGCUGAACAAUGCUCGGCCGCGACGUCCCAACGGGACGAUGACGCCCGCGUCGGUACGCGUCUGACAGAUCCGCGCACGUUGCCACGAGGCGCGCGGAUAAGCUCUCGGCGCCCCGCGUGGACAUCUGGAGGUUUACGUGUGGAUGUGAAUGUGUGUGUUGCAGAUGCGGCCUUGUCACUGAUCCGAUCAGGGCGAACGUUGCCGACAACGAGAAGCCGAGACAAGACACACCACGAGGUGACCAAAGGAAAAUAGACGAAAAGGCGAAGAAGUAGAGAGGAGGAAGAAAAGUAUAGGAAGAAGAGCGUGACAGAAGGAGACAGAAACAGAAGCAGGAGAGAAGAGAAGAGGAAGAGGAUUUUCUUUGAGGAACAAGGCAAAGCGGAAGUCGCAUCACGUCCGAUCAUGACGCAACAAAGCGGCGCUGGGUCACCCCAGCAAUUCUGCCUGCGGUGGAAUAACUAUCAAACUAAUCUAACCAACGUCUUCGAUCAGCUUCUGCAGAGCGAGAGCUUCGUGGACGUAACCCUGGCCUGCGACGGGCACAGCGUCAAGGCUCACAAGAUGGUCUUAUCGGCCUGCAGCCCGUACUUCCAGGCUCUUUUCUUUGACAACCCUUGCCAGCACCCGAUCGUCAUCAUGAAGGACAUCAAGUGGCCAGAACUCAAGGCCGCGGUCGAGUUCAUGUAUAAAGGCGAGAUUAACGUCUCUCAAGAGCAGAUUGGGCCGCUGCUAAAGGUCGCCGAAAGCCUCAAGAUUCGUGGUUUGGCAGACGUUAACAACGAACACGAGCUCAUCUCAUCUAAAUCAAGUCUGGAAGAAGCCGCCAACGCGGCAAUGCGCAAGAAGCGUCGCCGAAUGUCUGGCGAGCGAUCGCCGUCCGGCAAUAGUCCAGACCGCGUCGGAUCGGGCAGCAUCGGCGCUGAUGAUCAAGAUAUGAUCGGUAGCAAUGUUGUCGUACCCGAAAUCCACAACAUGAUACCGACCGCCAGCUCAACGCCGAGGUCCCUGGGUUCGCCCAGCACACCCAGCAUCUCUGUCACGCCACAGAUUAAUCUGCAAGAGCUUCCGGUAUCGUUGCCGCUACCGCCACCUCCGCCACCGCCACCACAGGGACAGCAGAGCUCGCACCCCCUGUCGACUCACCACGUGGCCGGACACGUGACUUCCGGUCCGCACGCGCCCGUCAACCAUCUGGGCGGCCACGGCCAGCAACUCAGCGUGCAGCAGCAGCAGCAACAGCAGCAGCAACAACAGCAACAGCAGCAGCAUCAUCAACAAACUGCCGGCAAUCAACCUGGCAACGGCGACGACCUCGAGAUCAAGCCUGGCAUCGCGGAGAUGAUUCGGGAGGAGGAAAGGGUGAGUAACUCGACUUGCACUGGACGACGGCCGCAAUCGAGGACACGUACAAGCGCGACCGGCGAUUACCCACCGCGCGUAAUCGCCAUAGGCGAUCGCGCUCGUCGCCCGGCUGUUUGUGGAAAAACUUUUCCGUAAGACCGAGUGACUCGAAUUAAUGCUCAUUAUGGACACGCGAGGCACGUCGCGGCCGCAACGGUACUCGUACGCGAUAAAAUCGAAUCGAGUGACGGAUGAAAGUGGGUACCAACGCGCGCGCCACGAUCCAAGUAAGGAGGAAAACUCUCAUACCUCCACCAGCACUGUUCAAGAAAAUGUUUCUCGGUUAUGCUGAGCGUAAUCUGAGAUGCAAUUAAUAUCGUAAUUCGACGUAACAAUGUCUUGUUUAAUUACAUGACGACGUGAAUUACAUGAGUAAAGUAUACAUAAAGAAAGCAGGAAUUUUAUAUUUGAUUAUAUACAAUAAUUUUAUAUCGAAAUUUUAUAUUAAUUUUAUAUAAAAUAAUCUUGUUAGUAUAAAAAAUUAUUUUAUAUUGACAAGAAUGUAAUUCGAUUGUACUUUGAAUAUAUGUAGACGCACUUUUCACGGAAUUGUCAGAAUUGUAAUUUUAAUUCUUAAAACUUAAAACGCAGUAGAACGUGCCAGUUUGUCGUCCAAAAUGUGGCGGCGGUAGCUUUCAAAAUUUUCUGCGCUGGAUGUUUUAACAAAGGUGCUCUAAUUAAGAAAUCUGCUAAAUUUGCAAGUGAUGGUUUCGACGCACUGGUACCUAUACAACUUUAUACUUAUCGUCGCGCGAACGAAGUAUGUUACUGCAGAUCUUCGAUAUCGCAACUCUUUGCAACUAUUAACAUCAACGGAAUCGCGUGUAAUUAUUGCUGCUAAACUAUACGUGUAGACCAUAAUGGAAAACGUCGUAUAAUUCGAGCUUGGAUAUCUCGUAUGCGAGUGUCGGAGAUCGAAGCCCACGUGUAUGGAGAACAAUUACGCCCAUCCGAUCGCUCGGCAAGCGAGCGACUUUAACGACGAGAGACAACAAAGGUGACGAGGCCGAAGGGGAGUCGCGAACGGGCGGGGGGCACGGACAUUAAAGGAGAUUUCACGGUGCAGAUUAAAAUUUAUCAUAAUCGUAAAGGACUGCGGGCCGGGGGAUGAGAGGGGCACGGAGGCGACGCCGCUUGGCGUUAUUUACGAUUUUUAAUAUGCAAAGCCGUCGUCACCCCUCCUCUCCACCGCCGCCCUGCUCCGCGUCUUUUUGCUGAGAGUGCGCGAGCGCGCGCGCGAGCGAGCGAGCGAGCGUACGCCAGCGCGUCCGGGUAUGAAUAAACAUUAAAUUCCUCGUUACUCCUUUUAAUAACUUUUUAUACUUCAUAUUUUAUUAAUGCCAAGACAUUCCGAUCGGACGCCGCUAUACGGCCGCGGCGCAGCGAGUUGCGCAACGUGAUUUGCGUUUCAAUAACGUCUCUAUGUACGCGCUAGCUUUUCUUGCUUCUUUUGUCUCUUUCUUUUUUCUCGUCUUUGUCUGUCUCUCUCUCUUGUUCCUUUCGCAUCUCUUGUACCGUUUCUCAGUUCCCUUGUAUUCUAUUUCUCUCUCCUCUCGUCCGUUUCCCUCUUCCAUUCGCGGGGAGACUACCUCUCGUCGUUGUUGAAGGAAAUCUGCGUGUCUGCUCGGCGAUGCAGUAAAACUUUUAUGUAUUUAUUAUCGGACGAUAACAAACGCCGACGUUCCGCCGGCGUUAUGUCACUCGGCAUGCCCGUAUUUCGCGACGGAGACGCCGAUAACUCGCGACAGUUAUGCCAAAGGUACUUGACGGAUAUCUUUAUUCCGUUUAACCGAAUCCUCUCCCGUUUAAUCUUAAUUCGUGCCUUCUCGUCUUGUGCUUUUCCCAUAAAAAGAAUGUUAAUCGUGUCAGCAAAUUGCGCUACCUCUAUCGAGCGUGCAAGUAAAAACCCUGUCAUUCCUGUCGACCUCGAACUAACGGUAACGGUUUUGCAUUUGGGAUUAAUAAUAAAUGAUAUAUAUAUAUAUAUACCGUGAGUAGAUUAAAAGCUGCUUGUUCUUUUAUAUUCGUUUCCACCAAGAGGGACGAAAUUCGUCGGGGAAUAUAUCGAAGUUUAAUGGGACGGUCGCGCACCAGUUUAUGUAUUAAAGAGAUUUUAAGUGGCGUUAAGCAAGGAGCGGCUAAGAAGCAUCCUAAGUGUGUCCGCAUCGGCGUCGUUUGUAAAGCGACGCGCGCUCAUUCCGGGGUUAAAACGCGCCCCUAAAUGAGGAGAGAUGCUCGACUACCGGUGGUGUCUGGUCAACCACCGUGGGGCAUCCACUCUCCACGCGCUCUCUUUCUCUCCCUCGUCCCCUCCUCUCUUUCUCUCCCUCCGUCUCGCGAGAGAGAGAGAUAGGGCACGAGCGAGAUAACUAUAUCGAGCCUGCACGCUGGCUGGAUUUUAAUCGAAGCGCAACGUAUAAAGUUGCUGAAAAUCAGAUUAUCCCUACUCGUCGUGUUCCUCGUCCUCCUGCUCUUGGUGCGCCCUCCCUCCCGUCCUUCCACUGCCCUCUCGCCCUCUGCGGAUCUCCGCUUUUUGCGUCGGCCGUCUCUGCAAAGCAUUUUUUACUCCGCUUUUUUAUCUCGCGGAUUUUUAUUGAUUCCGACGAUUCGAACGCGACGCGCGUGUUCGGUUCUCGAAGGACCCGGAAGAGAAUUGCACGAAAAAACGAAGGACGAAAGACGAGCCGGGAUUUAACCCUUUCUCUACGGCAGAGCUACGGUUGGUAGAAUGACGAGUGUAGAAUAUAACAAUGUAGGCUGAGAUCUAGAGUUAUGCAACUGAGCGAUAGCAUCACGUUUUUUACUUACUUACACUGUUUUAGCUCGCAUUAGUGAUAUAACUUUCCACGCUUGAAGGAAUAGAAUCUUCAUAAAAACAUUUGCUUAAACUUAUGGUUAGUCUACAGGUCAUUUCGUGGAUGUCGACUAUAGGUAGGGGCGAGAGAGUGUUAAGAAACUUUUGCUUCGGAGUGAUAUUCUAGUGUAGGUAUCCGCUUGUUUUCUACAGCAUUCUCGUCUCGAUGAAAAUUUCGUGAUAGUGGCGAUGACACACAUCACUGGACGAAUUACCAUCCAUUUCGGAAAUGAAGCUCGAGACAAAUUCGCGAAACGUCUGAGAAUCGAUUGCUCCGCGAUUCGAGUGGACUGCUGAAGAGCGACGAAAAUGAUUUUUUUACACGAGACUGACUUAUACGAUCGUUAAUAAGAGAAUAUCUUUGCCGAAGGAAAGAAUAUAUUCCGCACGCAAAUUGACACACAUCGACAGUAAACUCCUCCGUCCGAAAAGAAAUCACGUGGCACGAUUAUUUUUACAUCGCACGUAGCUGUUAUCGGAUUGCACGGAAUGCUUAAAAGUUUCGAACGUAUCGAAACACGAUCGGAAUACGCUCGUUUAAGAAUUUAUUCAUCUCGGAGAGGAAUAAACCGUAAGUGACGAUUUUCGUCCAUCCCCACCUCCCGUGUCUACUGAUAACCCUUUGCGAGAGGAACAAGCGCGCCGGAGGAUUUAUUAAUUAUGACUUUUUGCGCGCGCGAUUACAAAAUGCGCGCGGCAGCUGUUCGCGGAGGAAAUGACACGCAUGUUUCGUGCGCGCGCGUGUAAAUAAAGAGAAAGAGAGCGAGAAUGUCGGGCGGAGAAAGGCACGUGGUGUGCGGGGACGGAGGUGGAGUAAAUACACGUGAACGCGCUCUUAACCGACGCAAUAAUGUCGCCUCGCUCGGCGGAAAAAAAGUGAAAAUAAUUCCCUCGCUUAUUCAGCAUCGCAGAAAUUUCGCGUGCGCGUCUGCGCUUGCCUAGCUUUUUCCGGGAUUUUUAAAAAAAUAGCGCUCCUCGCGUCCCGGCCGGCGAUUAACUCUUCAAUCUCUGCGUCAACGGUUAAGUACAGAUUGCGGCAGAUCUCGUGCUUUCAGAAAAAAAUGUUCCUCUCUAGAAAUAGAAGGGAGAUAAGAAAACCGAUUUGUAAUAAUAAUCGGCGUGUAUAAUGAAGCAAAUUUGCAACGAUCGUAAAAAGCCGUUCGGUCGGUCUGUGAAUUAUGCAUGUUCAUUACGAUGACUCUAGACUGAUAAUUAUCAUAAUUACCAAUGGAAAAUUUCUUCGCCGGGGGCUUUACAAAUCUCGGGGAGUCUAACGGGCACAGCCGGAAAAACUUGAAACUUUUCAUCAACAUUCGUUGUCGUUAUCGCGCGUGGAAAUUCGGAGAUGCGCGUAUCCGAGCGUACGUAAUAGCCGAGCGCGAUCGUGCCGGAGCGGCUGCAAAAUCAUUUCCUGAUGCGACAAAAACGUUGAAUUACCCGCGGCAAGUCAAUGAACUUAUUCUUCGGUGUCCCCGUUUUUCGCGUUGCCGGCCGCCGCGAGAACCAGCCGAGCACCGCGAUUCUUCGCGGGAUAUUUCGGACCGCUCGACGUUUAAUAUACCGCGGAUCGCGAAACUCGCGAAAUAUUAAGCGACCUCUUCUGUACUAAACACGCGGCCGAGAUUAACUCGCCGUUAAUGAUUCAGCGUACGGUAGGCUUCGCCUAUAAACGCAUGUAUUCCCGUCCGUAACACUCGAAUCCCGGUCUCUCCGAGUUAAAUCGGGGGCAUCGGGGAAACGUAAAAAAUCUUUCCGUUAUAUAAAUUAUCAGACUUGCUCCACAUUUAUCUCGUGCGCAAUCUUCAAUUACGUCUCUCGUAAUAUAUUUGUUGCAAUGUCUUUAUAGUGCGAAAGCUUGCUGAUCGGAAUAAAUUCGCAUUCGACAGUGGGAAGCUGGUCGUUCCUUUCGCGUCCGUUUCUGUAUAAUAAAUUUACACUGGAAUAAAAUCCGCCUUGACAUUAUAAACUGAUCGCAAGAGUUCAAGAGUUUCAAGUUAUCCAUAUAUCGGCGUAUUGGCAUUGAAUAGAGGUGUGUUACGCGUUUCUAUCGCUAUUUAUUAUACAUACGAAAUGUGACUGUCUGGAGCCGCGUUACGUUAUACUUAUGGGUGGGGCGUUGUAAACUUAACGAUUUCUUUUUUCGGAUUUCCUUGCUCGGGGCAGAGGGGAGUCAAGUAACAUGAAACUCGCUCACUCGCUCUACUUGCUCGAGGCUCGAAAUAAAUUUCUGCACGAUGAAUGAUGGGACUCCCCGAAUAUCUCUAUCUCUAGGAGCGGGUGAAACGAACCGUCGUCCCUUGAAAUAUUCGCGUUCAGCCUGAUAUUUUUCGGCGGUGCGUCUCCGGUUAUACCCGGAAAACUCUUGAAAUGGUCAUUGUAAGCUAGCUUUCGCGGCACGCGUCAAAAAUUCACGCGUUACGUAUAUAUACAUACAGCAUAAAUAGUAAAUGCGACAAAUCCUAGUAGGAUCCAGUGUAAUAAGCAGCGACAGUCCUUUUUUUAACGAGAGGUGCGAAGAGCGCGAGGUAAAAUCAAGAGAACGUGCGAUAAAAAAAACAGUCAGCAAAUGCACCUUCAAUAAUUAUUCAAGGAGGAAAUAAAAGCGAAACGCUGCUAGCUGUUUACCGCGCCGAAAAUCCACCGGCCGGUAAUUUCCCUCGUCUCGAGAAAAGAAAAGAGCGGAAGAGGGAGGAAUAGGAGGGACACGCGGCAGGAACGCGAGUGUUAUAGUAUUAUUUUUAAUAACGGCCCGAGAACGAAACGAGUGAACAAGCAAGCGAGAGAGCGAGAGAGCGAGAGAGAGAGAGAGAGAGAGAGAAAGAGAAAGAGAGACAGUGAGACGAGAAGAGAAGAAAAGAGAGCGAGAAAGAUAGAUAGAUAGAGAGAGAGAGAGAGACAGAGGGGGAGAGGGAGAGAAGUGGAGGCCUGCUUGCCAUUACGUUACGCGGUAAAUAAUAAACGUUCAUAAGGCCUUGGAAGUUAUUAUACAAUAUAUACGUUCGUAUACGCCCGAUGCCAUUACGGGUAUCGUAUAUUAUUAAUGCAGCGGCGCUCAACCGAGCUCGCGCUCGCGCUCGUAGAUUAUCCUUGAGCCUCCGCUCGCGCGCUCGUUCGUCGCGUUUUUCCUUUUCUCGGGCUCCCACCUACGAGCAUCUCUCGUUCACUCGCUCGUACGCGAGACGAGACGAGACGAGAACGGGACGACGCAUCCUCGGCAUUGAACUACAUGUCGUGUAUACGACGUCGUAUGCGAUGCAGCGUUCACCGUAUACCGCUCAGCCCUGAUAAAAAUGACCGGUUCAGGAUAACCGACUUAAGAGAGGAGAAGUGUCGUCCGUCAUUUGAUUCUUCAGGCGUCAAAUUCGGAAUCCGCGGAUCGUCCGGAGAAGAUAUCGCCUCACGUUCAAGUCUGACGCGCAAAAAAAGAUCCCGGUGCAAAAGCGAAGGAGAGGUGUAUCUUUUGUGACCAGACUGCGGAAUCCAGUGUCAAAUUGCCCGGAUUUUGCCGCGCAAUUUUGUCGAUCUGCGAGCGUCCUCGUCGGAUCAAGCCACGUUUGCAGGCGGUUUCAUCUCGAAAAUCGGUGACCGGGUCGCGCGUUAUUUUACGAAGCUCCGCGUGGCACCGCACAAUUAAUGACAUCCACUGGCCGGACGUGUGUAAGCGCCCGGCGACGACGUGUGUAAUAACAUUCGCGAGCAUGACGGUAUUACGUUAUACGAGCUAAGUACGAGGAAGACGAAGACGACGACGACGACAACGACGGCGGCGAUGGCGGCGAGAACGUGUCGCGAUGCAAAACGACGGGAACACGAAAUUUGUUACAGGCUGAAAAUCACUAUAAUCAAUGACGCGACGUAGAAUGGAAAAUAUCCAUCAAGGUGAGUCGGGCGUGAAACGACAUUCAGCGCUCGCACGGUCGCUCGCUCGCUCGCCCGCUCGCACGCCCGCGUCCGGCAGUGCGUACGGCCGCACCGAUGUAAUUAUCAUGUAAUAGCAUAAUUUCACUAUGGCGGAUAAUUAACCGUUUGAAAAUAAUACCGCGGAACCGCGGAACGCGCGCAACACAACCUCGCGCCGAAUCCUUUCGUCGGGUAUCGCCGGCGCGGACUGCGCCGUGGAUAAACCCAACCAUCGUCCGCUCCGACGCGAAUAAUCCGACUUUCUAAUACGUAUUAUUAUUAUUUUCCUUCUUUUUCGCAAUUCAACAGCGGCUCGCAGCUCGUUCCCGAAAGACUCGAGCACUCCGAGAGAUCCGAUCCGUGCAAGAUGAAAUGUUUCAAGGGCGCGGGGGGAAUUCCGUCUGCCGGAAUCGAUAAUUCAAAAAAUCACGGGCGAUUUAUUAAACGGGAAUUAAUAUCCCGCGAAAAUGACAAGUCGAUCGAGCGAGAUCGAGCGUAGUACAUCGACGUAAAAUGGAAAUUGAUCUUCAAGGCUUUGGAAAAGUAUCGCGCACGAUCGACGCGCGAUGCAACGACGAUCGCGCGGUGCAAAGUCGCCGAGCGCCGAUUCCGCGAACUGAGGCUCAAGAUCGCGCGUCUCCCAUGCGAAGAUGGCAAUUCCAAGGAGAAAAUUGCAGUGGACUUGGGCCGGUUCGAUCGGAGAAACGUUGCACCGACAAUAACUUUUGGUACAGUUCGGUUUGGUACACGCAGCUCCAGCUCUAAUUGCGCAGUUAUUUUGUUAAGAUAAGGCCGGCGAUUUCAUGGCCGCAUGCGUGCUCUCCCGUCUCCGUUCCGCGACGCUCGCGUUCUCCGUCUCACGCACUGUAUAGGCGAAGAUUAGGCGAAUUAUUAUUAUUAUUAUUUUAGUCUCCGCUCGCGUAGUAUCGCGGCUCGAUAGCGCAACCUAACUUUCGUAUCAAUAUUUAUUGUAAAAACGAUAAGAUUAAGCGAAAUUUGUUAUUACUCGUAGCCAACUCUCGUAUUUAUAUUGUUACGUCACGCGCCUAGCGAGCCGAGCCGAGCCGAGCGGAACGCGCGUCGCCGCUGCGCUUCUCGCACCGACUAUAUAAAACGCAGCGGUUCUCAUUCGCCGCCGUCGCCGUGGGCGAUCAAUCCCCGUCGAUCGUUAUCGUCGAAGAUCAUCGGACGGAUAAGGCCGCGGCGAAACGAGCGUCGAUUAUUCGCGCUCUCCGCGGGCGGAAUCGCCUCUUUAGCGCGCACGUGAUUCCGUAUCGAUCUCUCGCUCGCGCUUUCUCUCCUCCUCUCUGCCCCUUCGCCCUGUCGAUCAUACUUGUAAUUGGCAAACAUAAGCUCCUCGCCUCCGACUUGGUAAACAUUAAUAUCAUUAUUACUGAACGUGCGAUUACUUGGUGCUCUCAUCUCUUUUCUACGUUGCGAAACGACGUCGGUGCCGAUUUUCUCGACAGUGUGCCGGCUGCGAUCGCCUUCCUUUUUUUCGCCGGCGAUGUUCAAGCGGACUCGUAAUUACAGGGAAAUUAUUUAAUACGGCAGAUUAAAAGGUUUUCGCGGAUUAAGCUUGUAAGUAGGUAAUAAGAUCCUUGCGCGCGUUCAGUUAACUGCGGAUGCACCUCGCGGUGUAAUUAACAGAGCUUGACCGCGUCGUAACAACGUUGCUUAAUUUUUCAAUAGCUCUCCGUGUAUCUGUUAUUUCUGGAGCAACGGUCUCGGAUGAAUCGUUCCCUCUUCGAUAUUUUUGGCAAGGGACAAACUCUUUCCACCGAACGGCCGAUCGCUCGAUUCGACGAAUCUCUGUCGCACAUGCUUUUUUUCUUCUUAUUAUGAGAAUAAAAGUAUUGCGCAAGGAAACGGCCGAGUGCUCAUGAUACGACUAUAAAACAUCGAACCGUACGGCAUUAUUAAUAAACCGUACAGUAGUUUAUUGCGGUAACUAUAGCCGAGUCGCGCUGCAACACACAUACACGAGUACACGAGCAGCGUAAGCGAAACAGACGCGUACGUACACGCCUACACACAUAAACGAACAUGCAUGUGCGUGCCUUAUAGGUGCACACGUACGCGCGCGCAUACGCAUGGGCGUUCUUUCGCCUUGUCGUGUUGCUGCAGCUCGUUGGAUCGUGUUCUACAGUCUCGGGUGUCGACAAAGCCAGUCAAUCAAGUUCAAUUCUAAUUAAAGAUCGCCUGUCAACGCGACGAUCGAAGCCGCCCGUGGAUGAUAAUUUUACGGAAAGGCCACGACCGGGAGGAAAAAAAAAGGAGCGAUCGAUCGUGGGUGCCUUUUCCUUUUACGCUCACUUUCUCUUUCGCACUUUCCCAAUUUUAAUUGCAACAAUUUUAAUUGCGCCAAUUUCGAGAUUGCAUUAAUUGGAGCGGCGGAAAAAUUACACGUGCGGCCGUCCGCAGAUUCGUCGAUCGAUCGAUCGAUCAAUUCGGGGAGUCGAGCUUUCCCCAGCACGGAUAUUCCGAUGCAGGACUUUGACGAGUUAAACAGAUGCGAGAAAAAGAGAGACAGAGAGAAAGAAAGAGCUGUGUUACACUAUUUUUAUAUUAUAUGUCUAUUUCUUACGUUCUUCUUGCUCCACUUAUCGUUCCAUAUGCGGAGCGUCCCAGAUGUAAGUCGCGGAUUCCUUGAUGAAUAUGUAAUCGAUUUUAUUGCAGUGCAGCAUUAAGCAUAAUUGAUGGGUGAAAUUUAAUGCAACAAAGGAAGACGCGGGUAGCCUGAUGAGCUACCUUCCGUUAUUCCGAAAGCUCCGUUGGCUGCUGAAUUCGUCUAACAAUUUAAUUUUCACGUGUUUACGUAUUUCGUGAAAUUAGUAAUGCCUCGAUAUCGAGACGACGUUAUAUAAAUGCUAAUGAAAUAUUCUACUGUAUGCAAUAGUAUUAUAUCAAUAUCUCGGAGCCAAUACAAUCAAUAUUAUUCAGUUGAGAGUAAAAUAGGACAGAUAUCUCAUAUCGGUGUACGCACACAACGGCGCUCGCCCCUCCCCUUAUUUGCAAUCCUCAGAAUAACGUUGCUUGUUCUCUGGCGUUCCGAGGAAUCGAUACAAGACACUAAUAAUCACUAA